AUGGACCACCAUGCGCAAUCUAUCUUAGCUCAGUUUGAUGUUUUAUCUCCACAGAAUCGGCAGCUUGUAUACCAUGGCAUUCUGGACCAUUUACGUCGCUCUGAAUGGAGAGAGGUGAAAUUACGUGCCGAUCGCAUCAAUUUUGAAUAUGACUUGCUAGGCAAGCUACCUCUAGAGAUUGUUGCAAUGGUCGCAGAGCACUUGAAUAUCGCCGAUCUGAUUUUGUUGCAAAGAGUGUCUCAGCAAUGGCGGCGAGUUCUUUCAUCGCCUAUGGUACAAAGUGCUGCCAUCCGAGCCAUCGUGGGAAGCGACGUCCCGGUAUUAGAUUCAAAGCAAGUGAUUCAAAAAAGACUCCGCCUGGAACGAGCCAAACAAGUCAAAUCGAUUCAUCUGCCUUUCUCGCCUAUUGAGCAUAAUAACACACCUAGGAGCAUCCGUGAGGUGGGGUAUUCCCAUGGCAUCUAUGCUCAGUUGGACACCAACUCCGGUCUAACCUUCACCUCCAUCAUUGUAUUGCAUUUAUGCAACGGCAGAGAAGCUCGAUUAACUACGGAAAAUCGAGAAGACCUCAUUGAAUUGAGAAUAUCUAAAUCUUUAAUCGCGGCGAUCUCGACGCGGGCAUAUUGUCAUAUUUGGGAUCUCAAUACCCAUGAACACAGAUCCUUUCGAAUAUCGUCUCUGGAUUUUGAGCAUUUCGUGGUACAUGAUCGCAACGUGGCCUUUGGAUACCGGGGCUCCGUCAUCCACUGGGGAUGGAAGUCGAGUAUUGCUCGCCAUGUUCCAAUCAAGACACGUAUCGUCCUGUUGGCGCUGCAUCCCUUGGAAGAUCAGUUCACGAUCGUCCGUUUCAGCGAGGAAGUCUUUGCAGGCGACGAGCUAAUAGAGAUCGACGGCAUGAGCUGUCAAGUACAUGCUGAAAAGUAUACAAUCGAUAACGCCAACGGAUUUCAUUGCUCCCUUUCACAAGACCGGAAAUUUUCAUUGAUUGAACCGGGUGAUAUACAUGAUCUCUUUCACGCACAAGAGAUCUACGAGGGCCAGAGCAGUAACUUGCUCGUAAGGCUGCGACCCAGUACUGGCACAAAGCCUAGACAGUUCUUCUCCUUGGAAGGUGACGAGGUCAUGGUCCAUACUCUGCCUGCUCUUCCUUCCGGCAAUAUUGUAUGUGUGGGCCAGGACUUGACUUACUUCUCCGGGGGUUACAAGACGGUGAUAAUGGAGUCCAAAUACAGAAGGCACGCGCGUCUGUCAAACGUCAUGAGCGAGUGCCAGUAUCCAAUACAACGAGAAGUUGAAGGUCCUUCUUGUUACAAAAUGUUUGCAGAUCAAGACUUUGCCAUCUUUUUCAAUGGGCAAUCUUCGGAGAUUUGGGGCUUUGACGAAACGUGGAACCCGGCUGAAUGGCCUAUUUGGCCUAAUCCAUAG